CUUACAGGGCCAGCUCUACAUCUCCCAGCAGCCAGUCCAGUAAGAUGAACAGCAUGCUGUACCAGAAACAGUUCCAGCCCAGCUCUGCUGCCAUGAGGAUCACACAGCACUUCCCUGGACAGUUCAACCCACAGAUUCUGUCCCAGCCCAACCUGGUCUCUCCUCUGGUGCGCCCUCCCUCCCACACCCAGCAUGCUAACUCAUUUGGUGGAGGGAUGCAGCGUUCGCCUAUGGGCCCACCCCCCAUGUCUCCCUCUCUGGGAGGGGGUUUGAUGCCUCACCCCCGGCCGCCACCGCAGCAGCAGCAGUUCCCCCAGAUGCACCCCUCCCACCCCCCUAGAGGGCCUCUUCCCCCCCUCGCACCUAGAGGCCCUACAGGUCCCCGAGGCAACCAGGCAGAGCAGGACCUCAAGGCGAAGCAGCGAGCUGAGGUGCUCCAGUCGACUCAUAAGUUCUUCUCAGAGCAGCUCAAGGCUCCGUCAGUCUCCAAACCCUCUCGUCUCGACCAGGGGGGUGGCAAACCUCCCCUCGACAUCCUGCCCCCCAACCACCAGACGGUGGGAGUCGUGGAGCGCCCUGAACCCGACAAACCCUCCCUGUCAGCGGGCAAACCCAUCCGCACUGGCCCCAUCAAGCCCCAGGCCAUCAAACAAGAGGAGGGGAAGUAGAGCCUCACACAUCUCCACAGAUGGAGGGAUGGGGGAGAGAGAUGAUCCAGCUGCUCCACAUAUUCAUGCAAUCACUCACACACACAUCACCCUCUCUGGUGUUAGAGGCGGAGAAAGAGAGGAGAGGUGUAUAAGUCAAUGGUUACUGAGGGGGCUACUGUGUGUGUGUGUGCUCCAACCUCAUCUCUCUCUUCCCUUCUCCUCUCUUGUCCUCCCCUAUUGGGGGUAUGUGUGAUUUUUAGCCCCGCCUCUUGUAAUUUGGGUGGGGCGGAAGAUAGCAAGCUGUACUUCAAAUGUCUACUAAGAUGGUAAAAAAAGAUUGAAUGGAGAAAAAAGAUUUGCCAGUUUGCCAUUUUUAUAGCCCUAGGAUUUCUGUUCCUUUGUUUUUCACAAUAGAAUCCCAUUAUUAGGAGGACAGGGUUGUUAUUUUUGUUAACAGGAGAAUCAAGCAAUCUUUUGUUUUUGUAGUUGGAUCAAACAGUCUUAUUUAAAGAAGUAUUUUAGUGAAGCACAGACACGUUCUAUUCCUCUGCCGGUCUUCCAUCCAUCAUUGCUAACACACAGCUGUGUGAGUGUAUACAAGCUUGUACGAUCACCACACACAAACUCCCUCUAGCGCUCAACGCUUUCACCAAUAUUCACUAAAGAGAGAAACUAUGAAAUCAGGGUUUGUCUCGAAAGGAAAUGUAAGAUGCAGCAGUUGGUUGAUUUAAUUGAUUAGUCUGCCUUUUCUCUUGCUCGCAUCUCUGCCUGAGCGGAAUGAUAAAGGUGGUGUUUGUGUGUGUGUUUGCGUGUGGCACACGGGAGGCCACUGCCCGGUUCUCUCCUGUAUCUUUAGCCAAAGGUUAAGCGUGCAAAGAUGAUUUCACAGAGCCUUGAGAAUCCCUGUUGUUAGUGUGUGGAAGGGGAGUUAUUAUGAGCUGUCUGUAAAUGGACAGACAGACCCUGAAUUCAGUCAGAGCUUUCCUCCCCCGUGCCUCCCGAGAGAGAGGAGGAUGGAAUACCUCUUCACCACUGCUCACACACCCAUCGUCACGGUGUCUCCUCACACACUCACUCACUUGCCUGUAGGGCACCCAACCCUGCUGCUACUAACAGAAAGGGAGUGAGUACUAGUUCAAAACUGUAGAAACAAAACAGUGUGGCUUUUUGUUAACCCUCACCAAGAGGGAAAGGGAGACCGAAGGGGGAGAAAUAAAACAAAAUUAGAAAUAGCUUUGUGUUCGACUGCUGCAUUUCAGGGCAGAAGGACAGGUGUUAGUGUUGAGAGGAGAGAUUAUUCCUGUCUCAUCUCACUUCCACUCACUCAAACCUACACCACUCUCAUCGCUGGUUUACCAUGGUGACAAGGGUCCUUCAGAAAUGUACAGUAGUAUGCUCCACUAGUGGGGAGGGGUCUACCCCCUCCCCUAACCAGAACACGGGAUGAGGAACCUUGUGUAGGACAGAGUGGGGGGGUAAUUGGUUUGUUUUUUCUUUUACUUGUACAGGGGGUACAUCGCUGUAUUAAAAUAUGUACGGUCUUACAUUCUUGGUUUUAGUUAAGAAACUAAUAAAAUAAUAUGCUGUUUAAAAGGUA